AUGGCUACCAACGGCACCAACGGUACCAAGUUCCGUAGGAUCAAUCUCGUACGUAUUGCGCAUGUCUAUUACACGCACAAGAACAUCGACGCUGCGAAAACCUUCCUCGAUGACUUUGGUUUCCAAGAGACACUCACCUCCGGUACCGACACCUACUAUCGGGGUACCGGCACCGACCCUUUUGUCUACUGCGCCACGGCCGGAUCUGAGGACGUCUUUGGUGGAGCCGCUUUCGUGGUCGAGUCGCGGGAGGACCUAGACUAUGCUGCCGAAACAUUGCCAGGAGCGACUCCUGUCCAUGAGAUGAAGGAACAGCCUGGAGGUGGAUUUAGAGUGACUUUCAAGGACCCUGUUGAUGGGUUCCCAUUCCAUCUGGUGUAUGGACAAACACCUGUGGAGGAGAGCGAUGCAGGUUUACUUCAGAGGCGAUUUAAUUUUCCCACUCUCAAGACACGGCCAGGAAAUGAAUUCCAAAGAUUCCAAAAAGGACCUGCGCCGGUGCACAAGCUAGGACAUUUCGGGCUGUGCGUGACGGAUUUCGCAAAAGCUUACAGCUUCUAUACGACCAGAUUCAACUUUGCUCCUAGCGAUCUUGUUCACGACGGCACGGGUCGUGACAUUACUUCUUUCCUUCAUCUAGAUCGUGGAGAAGAACUGGUUGACCACCAUUGCUUCUUCAUCUUCGAGGGUCCUAAGUACCAUGUCCACCACUCGUCGUACGAGACGUACGACUUCGAUACUCAACUUCUCGGGCAUGACUGGCUCAAGAACAAGGGCUACAAGAACUGCUGGGGAGUCGGUAGGCACAUCAUGGGCAGCCAGAUAUUCGAUUACUGGUUUGACCCUUCGAAGUUCAUCCUGGAACACUACGUCGAUGGCGAUCUGGUAAACUCGAGUUAUAAGAUGAAUCGGAGCCUGGCUGCGCCUGGCAACUUGCAUGUUUGGGGUCCUGAUGUCCCGCCUGGGUUUUUGGAAUAA